AUGGUUUGGGGAUGUAUCUCAUAUGGCGGGGUUAUAAGAAUUGUUUUUAUUGAAGAAACAAUGACAGCUGCAGUGUAUAAGCAACUUUUAGCCAAUAACUUAAGACAAUCUGCUCGUGAAAUGGGUCUUGAGGAAUUUAUCUUAAUGCAAGAUAAUGAUCCUAAGCAUACCUCAAGACUUGUUUCCAACUGGUUAGAUGAAAAAGAUAUUCAAGUUUUAGAUUUACCACCACAGAGUCUAGAUUUAAACCUUAUUGAGGCAGUCUAG